AUGCGUGCGGGUCCCACGCCGACGAAGCAAUCCCCCACAUAAUUAGCGUAUAUUUCCAGCUAAAUAAUACACGCUUCAUUUGUUUUUCUCUUUUUUAUUUAUAUUAAGAAAAAUGAAAAAUAGUCUCCUCUCUCUCUCUCUCUCUCUCUCUACCCCUCUGUGUGAGUGCACGAUUUGAGUAAUUGACUUGCGUAAAGUAGACUUAAAAAAAACGCCAAAAACAACAGAGAGGGAAAAGAGCCCGCCGCCGACCCGAACCCGAACCCCUGGCGAUGGAUCCAGACUCUGUUGCGAAGGCAUUCGUGGAGCACUACUACUCCACCUUCGAUGCGAAUCGCGCCGGGCUCGCCAACCUCUACCAAGACGGCUCGAUGCUGACGUUUGAGGGCCAGAAAAUCAUGGGAUCCACAAACAUCGUAGCGAAGCUCACGAGUUUGCCGUUCCAGCAGUGCCAGCAUCAGAUUAGCACCGUUGAUUGCCAGCCCUCGGGCCCCGCCGGCGGAAUGCUCGUCUUCGUGUCCGGCAAUCUGCAGCUCGCCGGCGAGCAGCACAUGCUCAAGUUCAGUCAGAUGUUCCACCUGAUGCCAACUCCUCAAGGAAGCUUCUAUGUGCUAAAUGAUAUUUUCCGCUUGAAUUAUGCCUGAUGUCAGCAAUGCAAACCGAACACAAACAGGGGCUCGAUUGAACUUGGUUUGCCUCUGAUCUGUGUUCCAAAGUAAAAAAAUGCUGCUAUUCCAGAAGUAUGGAUUUAGCUUCAUCUGCUUGGGUGUUUGUGUAUUCUUUACCAGUUAUUUGUGGAGAUUUCAGACUAAUUCCCAGUGAGAUGUGUUGAGUUCCAUUACCAUGACUCUCUCUCUCUCUCUCAAGCAUGUACCAGAAGUUUAAAAGUUUAUAGUUGAUGCACCCCAUUUCAUUCUCUGGAUCAAGUUUGGGCAGUGUUUAAUUGAACGGGAUUGUGAUGUGACAAAUUUCUUUUAUUAAAUGAAUAUGGAUAUGUUUGUUGGCAUUA